AUGUCAGGAACCAGCAACGUUGGCAACAGCCAGGUGUACGAGGCAGGCGAUCAGCGCAACCCAUCCAAGAGCGAGCAGCAAGACGCCGACCGCUUUCACGAGGGCAAGGAGAACUCCCACUUGGCCAACGACCCCAAGGACGAGCGCACAAUCGCCAACAAGCUUGAACGUGAAGCGAAGCGUGAGCAGGAGAAGGAUGAGCCAAAGUCAGCGGAGGACCGUGCUCGCAAGCAGGACGCCACACUACCGGCCAUCAACCACGGCAACGAGCCAUCGAAGGGUGCCAAGAUCGACCAGGAGCUGAGAGAAGAGGAGGAGGCUGAGCUUGCGAAGAAGGGCUCAUUCGGACCAAAGUAG